AUGGAUAAGUUUAUCAGAGAAAAAUCUGGAACGAGUCAGUACCAGACGGAAGAUGAAUCAGAAUCUAAGGAAGAAGAAGAAGAAGAAGCUAGGUCGUUGGAGCCGGAGAAGAAAGAAGGGAAACUGAGUCAGGAUGAUGUGUUGAACUUGGGAGACGGUGGUCAGAUGGUGGAAGAGCAUGCUGAUAAAGUCAGAUUAGCUUUCUAUGAUGGUGGUCCGACGAACCACCAGCCAUCUCUACCUGGCGGUUUUAGUCCAGAGGUUCUCGAUGAUAUGUACCAACAAGCAAGGCAAAACUCUGGGAACAUAGCUGCCAGAAGUGCCAGUAGUGUCGCCGGAUAG